UUUUUUUUAAAAAAAAAAAAAAAAAAAUCAUGUCGACAGAAAAUUUUACUGAUCCUAGUAUAGAUGGCGAACAACAGUCAGGACGAAAAAUGUUUGACAUCAGCCAGGAACAAAGAACCGAAACUCGCUUUGAUUUUUGGUCCAAUUCACGCAAUUCAGUAUUUUUGGUCUUGCUGUCUAUUUUCGAAGCCAUCGUUGUCAUUGCUUUGGAGGCCACCAUUUUCUCAAAGUUUUAUCAUACACAAUUUUCAAAGAAUAAUCUUGGUCAAGGUAUCCCAGUGUAUUUGAUGAUCUUUAUCUUUUCACAAGUAUUUCAAGUGUUUCUUGCCUGGGACGCAGUCCGUGCACAGAAUACAAUUCAAGUGAUUGCAUUUUUGUUAUUUAAUAUUUGUUGCUUUGUCUAUGCAGUAUUCCAGUUCAAACAAAUAGCUGACGCAUUAGCUUCAAACAAUCCUGAUUUGGCAGAUUUAGCAUUAUCAUUGAAAUUCUUAAUUAAUCGUUUAUUAAUUACUGUCGCUGUCAUUACUGGUGCGUGUCAAUUAAUCUACUUUUAUAUCGGUGCUAGGUUAUAUCAGGAAUUCGGUUGGAAAAUUUACAAGAAAAUUGGUGCGGAUCCCGAGAUUAGAAGUAUGUUCAGGUGGUUCCAGAUUAUUAUCACCAUCUUAAAAAUCGAUUUCUUCUUCUUUUUGGGCUAUUCAAUUCAAUAUCUUGUUCUCGUAUUAAGACCUGCAGAUAAUGAAUUUCCACUUACUAUUGUAGCCCUUCCAUUGACAUGUCUUUUUUUGAUACUAGCUGUCUACUCUAUUAAACAUGAAUCCAAGUGGCUAAUAUCCUUCUUCUUUCUUGGUAUGCUUGCUGGCAUGGCAUAUUUCAUCUUCAAGAUAUACCGUAUCUACGAUCCAACACAAGCAUUUAAAUACAAGUUUGUCAAAGAAUUUUUGACCUUUUUUGCAAGUGUGUCAUUAGUCUUGGUUGUAUUGACCAUCAUUAAUGCAAUCAAGUGUUGCUUGAACUUUGGUAAAGGAUUAAAACCUCAUUUAAACUCAAAUCAUAGACGAUCCUCCAUGCCUAGACAUCUCGUCGAACGCACUCUUUCUUUGGAUUAAAAAAAAAAAAAAAUAGAAUCAUCAUUAACUGUGCAGAAAAGGGAUCGAGCUGGAUUUCGUAAUCAAUUCUUGCACACCUCAUUUGUAUUUGUUUCUUUUUUUAAUUUAUUAUUGUAUUAUAAAAACCACAACCCCUUUAUACCUUCC